GCCACUGUGAUGAUGUCAUGAUCAAAAGUGUACGAUGAAAUUUGAGUGUAUAAAUAAAGGAUUUACCAAAACUGGUGAAUCCAAUAGAGACAGUGUGUGAAUUUUUCCUCUAGUAUAGAACUCGACAAGUAUGGGUAGAACUUUAGCUGCUGCACUAACUUUGUUAGUGACUUUUCAUGUCCUACAACAUGUUAUGGUUUCUGCUGCUACAAAAGGAAAGAUAGUAACAGUUUUGAGCAUAGAUGGAGGUGGCAUCAGAGGCAUUAUUCCUGGCACCCUUCUUGCUUCCCUUGAAUCCAUGCUUCAGGACAUUGAUGGACCGAAUGCAAGAAUUGCAGACUAUUUUGAUGUUGUAGCUGGAACGAGUACAGGUGGACUAAUAUGCACCAUGCUCACAGCUCCCAACAAGGAUAAUCGCCCUUUAUAUGCAGCGAAAAAUAUUACCAAUUUCUAUAUGGAUCACGGCCCUAAAAUCUUUCCUGAGAGCAGCCGCAGCGGCUUUGUGAAGAGAAUCACAAAUUUAUUUGGGGGCCCGAAGUAUGACGGAAAAUAUCUGAGAACAUUGGUUAAGUCAAUAUUAGGCAAUCUUACUAUGAAGCAAACAUUGACUCAAACAAUCAUCCCAGCUUUUGAUAUCAAGCGCCUUCAACCUAUUGUCUUCACAACUGCUGAUGCCAAAGCUCACGUCUCUAGGAAUGCUCUACUAUCAGACAUCUGCCUUGGUACCUCGGCAGCACCCACCUAUUUCCCUCCAUAUUAUUUUGAGACCAAGGAUGCCCAAGGAAAAAUACGUACAUUUGAUCUUAUUGAUGGAGGUGUAGCUGCAAAUAAUCCAACUCUAGUGGCAAUUAGUCACAUUUCGAAAGAAAUCAUGCUAGGGAAAUCCCAAUAUGAGGGCAUGGAACCAAUGGACUGCAAGAAAAUGUUGGUUCUGUCAUUGGGCACUGGCAUAGGCAAGGAGGAAAAGAAGUAUAACGCAGCCGUGGCUUCCUCGUGGGGUGUACUUGGUUGGUUGUACAACAAUGGUGCCAGUCCAUUGCUAGACGUUUUUGGUGAUGCAAGUGCUGAUAUUGUGGAUAUACAUCUUUCCACCAUGUUUCAGUCCCUUCAAAACGAAAAGAACUAUCUUCGAAUUCAGGAUGAUAGUUUGACCGGGGAGGCUGCAUCUAUGGAUGUUUCAACCACAAAGAACAUGAAAACACUAGUGCAAAUUGGUAAUGAUCUAUUAAAGAAGCCUGUGUCAAGAGUUAAUUUAGACACAGGUCGCUAUGAACAAGUUUCUGGGGAGGGCACCAAUGAAGAAGCUCUUAUUCGCUUUGCUAAGUUGCUUUCAGAGCAAAGAAAACUUCGACAACCAGUGGAUGAGUUCACCUCGACUAGGAAAAUACUCCAAGAAUCUGUCAAACACCAAUAAGGAAAAAGUCUUGCAAGUAUUUCUUUUUUCUUUGAAUUUCUCAUAAGUUGUAGGCAAUUUUAUGUAAAAUUGGAAUCAUUAAUCUCCAAAUAAGAAGAAUGAAAUUCUCCAUGUUUCUCUAA